AUGGCCUCGCCGCCGGGCUGCCCGCUGCUCGGGGUGCUGCUCCUCGCCCUCUCCGCCGCGCAGCCGGGCCCCGGCGCCUCCCGCGGCACGGGGCUCAGCCUCCACCCGCCCUACUUCAACCUGGCGGCGGCCGCCCGCAUCUGGGCCACGGCCACCUGCGGGGAGGCGACGGGCGGCGGCGGGCGGCCGCAGCUCUUCUGCAAGCUGGUGGGGGGCCCGGCCGCCGCCCCGCUGGGACGCGCCAUCCAGGGCCAGUAUUGUGAUUACUGCAAUGCUGCUGAUCCCAGCAAAGCUCACCCAAUAACCAAUGCCAUUGAUGGCACUGAGCGCUGGUGGCAAAGUCCCCCUCUAUCCAUGGGCUUGAAGUACAAUGAAGUCAAUGUCACUUUAGACCUGGGGCAGCUCUUCCAUGUUGCCUAUAUUCUUAUCAAGUUUGCAAAUUCUCCUCGUCCAGAUCUCUGGGUCUUGGAAAGAUCUGUGGACUUUGGAAAAACUUACACUCCCUGGCAAUAUUUUGCUUACUCGAAGGCAGAUUGCUUGGAGCGCUUUGGAAAGGAAGCAAAUCUUCCCGUGAGGGGGGACAGCGAUGUCCUCUGCACCACCGAGUACUCUCGCAUUCUGCCUCUUGAAAAUGGAGAGGUUGUAGUAUCUUUGGUAAAUGGCCGCCCAGGAGCAAUAAACUUCACUUAUUCCCGUGGUCUUCAAGAGUUCACAAAAGUAACAAACAUCCGCCUCCGUUUUCUCAGAACUAAUACUCUUCUUGGACACUUGAUAUCCAAGGCUCAGCGGGACCCCACUGUAACUCGUAGAUAUUACUACAGCAUAAAGGACAUCAGUAUUGGUGGUCGAUGUGUUUGCCAUGGCCAUGCUGAAGAAUGUAGUCCAAGGAGUGCUGAGAACCAACACCGGUUUCAGUGUGAAUGUCAGCAUAACACUUGUGGGGAAACCUGUGAUCACUGCUGCCCUGGAUAUAAUCAGAAACAGUGGCAACCUGCAACAGCUGGGAGCACAAACAUAUGUGAACCCUGCAAUUGCCAUGGACAUGCCACUGAUUGCUACUAUGAUGCUGACAUUGAUCAGCGUCGAGAAAGUUUAAACAUCCAUGGGCAUUAUGAAGGUGGAGGAGUCUGCGUUAACUGCCAGCAUAACACAGCUGGGAUUAACUGUGAGAAGUGUGCCAAAGGUUAUUAUCGUCCUUACGGGGUUCCAGUGAGCGCUCCCGAUGGUUGUAUACCCUGCAGCUGUAACUUGGAGCAUGCAGACGGCUGUGAGGAAGGGUCUGGCCGCUGUUUCUGUAAGCAAAAUUUCCAGGGAGAUCACUGUGAGCGCUGUGCUGAUGGAUUCUAUGGUUAUCCACUUUGUGUCUAUACUCCUGUAUAUCCUUCUACGUCUUCAGUUCCAAGUGAUGCUGUGGCUGGUGACAUAAUAGAAGGAGGCUGCAAACCAGGGUAUUUUGGCCCCCAGUGUCUGCCGUGCCAGUGCCACGGUGCAGGAGUGCUGGGCAGUGACUGUGACGGAAGUACCGGGCAGUGCAGAUGUCGAGCUGGGUUUGGGGGUUUUUCCUGUGAUACCUGUGCAGCUGGCUAUUUUCAGUACCCCUUCUGCCACGUGUGUGAAUGUAACUUGCUGGGUACCCAGCCCGAAGUGUGCGAUUUUCUUGGGAGGUGUCUUUGUCGUCCAGGGGUCGCUGGAUUUCAGUGUGACAGCUGCCAGCCUGGCCAUCACUCCUUCCCUGUCUGUCAAGGUAUCGGCAACAAGUGUGACCCUGCAGGUAGCGUUGGUUCUCACUCUGGAUAUUGUCAAUGUCUCCAGCAUGUUGAAGGUCCUACCUGCAGUAAAUGCAAACCCUUGUACUGGAACCUGGCCAAAGAAAACCCCGAGGGAUGUACAGCAUGCCAGUGUGAUGUGAGUGGAACGCUAAGUGGAGUUGGAGAAUGUCAGCAGGAAAGUGGGCAUUGCUACUGCAAAACUAAUGUUUGUGGAGAUUUCUGUGACACUUGUGAAACUGGUUAUUAUGCUCUUGAAAAAAAGAAUUAUUUUGGCUGCCAAGGCUGCCAGUGUGAUGUUGGAGGGUCCCUGAGCCCAGCCUGCUCCCAGACCUCGGGCAGCUGCCGGUGCCGGGCGCACGUCGUGGGCACGACUUGUCGGGAGCCUGAACAAAACUAUUUUUUUCCUGAUCUGCACCACAUGAAGUUUGAGAUUGAAGAUGGUACUACUGUCCAAGGAGAGAAAAUUCGGUUUGGCUAUGAUCCUCAGGAAUUUCCUAGCUUCAGUUGGAGAGGAUAUGCACAGAUGUCCUCUAUACAACCAGAGGUGGUUGUGCCUAUCACUGUGGCUUCCGCUAAGCUCUUCCAUCUAGUCCUCCACUAUGUCAGCCUGGGCUCAAAAAGCUCUAAAGGGAAGAUCUCAGUUGCUGAGGGAAAACAUUUGGGCACUAAUUAUACUUGGGCUGCUCAGAGCAAAGAGUUUGUCUUCCCGCCCAGCAAGGAGCCAGCUUUUAUCACAAUCCCAGGAAAAAGCUCCACAGAGCCUUUCGUACUGGCUCCAGGCAUGUGGACUGUCAGCAUAAUGGCAGAGGAAGUCCUCUUGGAUUAUCUGGUGCUGUUACCUAGUGAUUACUAUGAGGCAUCCCUACUGCAGAUCCCAGUUACAGAGCCUUGCACACAUCCCAGGCCUGCUUCAGCAGAACACUGCUUGCUCUAUCAGCAUUUGCCUCUGGGCAGAUUUUCCUGUGUCCUUGGCUCAGAGGCAGUGCAUUUCAGACAUGGGGGAGAAUCCAGAAGAAUACCUGUGCGACAGCCAGCUCCCAGUCAGCCAGUGAUGGCCCAUAUCAGUGGAAGAGAGGUCAAUUUAGAGAUGACCAUAAGUGUUCCUCAAGUUGGUCGCUAUGUUCUGGUUUUUGAAUAUGCCAACGAAGAGGAUCAGAUGAACACAGCAGAGGUAACAGUGCAUAGCCCUGGACCUGUCACCGAAGGCAGAGUGAGAAUAUACAAUUGUAAAUACAGUUUCCUUUGUCGCAGCGUUGUAGUUGAUGACAAGAAUCGCAUUGCGACCCAUGACCUUCUAGCAGACACAAAGAUACAUCUUAAGGCAUUAUCAAGUAAUUUUCUCCUGCACAAGGUUUGCAUUAUACCAGCUGAAGAAUUUUCUCCAGAAUACGUGGAUCCUAAAGUACAGUGCAUAGCUGCUUACAGGAGUAACAGUGAUGGAAGUGCAGCAUGCAUUCCCUCAGUUUUUGAAACUCCACCAGGAGCUUUGGUUUUGGAUGCAUUCAUAGAUGGGAAGAUUUCCGAAGUACAGGAGAAUAUACUCCAUGAUCCAUUGAGUGACACUUUACCUGCUGGUUCAGUUCAUGGAGUCACCUUGACACCAUUACAGAGCCAGAUCACCUUGAGUGGCAGAGUGCCUCGCUUGGGCAGAUAUGUGUUUGUGGUACAUUUCUAUCAGCCGGCACACCCAGUGUUCUCUGUGCAAGUUCAUGUGACUGCAGGACAUGUGUGGUCAGGUAUUUUCAAUGCUUCAUUCUGCCCUCAUAAUUCUGGCUGUCGGGUUCAGGUGAUUGCAGCAAACCAAAUUGAGCUUGACAUUUCUGAUCCCCUGGUCUCUGUUACAGUGAUGAUACCGGAUGGAAGAACACUGGUUCUGGAAAAUAUCUUAGUUGUUCCAGCAGACACCUACAGUUACAAAAUUCUUGACAAAAAGACAGUGGACAAGUCAUUUGAUUUUAUCAGCCAAUGUGGAGGAAACAGUUUUUAUAUUGACCCAGAACGAUCCUCGCCCUUCUGUAAGGACUCUGUAAGGUCACUGGUGGCUUUCUACAGCAACGGAGCCCUGCCAUGUGACUGCCACAGUGCAGGUGCCACGAGCCCUACGUGCAGCCCCCUGGGAGGGCAGUGUGCCUGCAGACCCAACGUCAUCGGCCGCCGGUGCAGCCGAUGCCAAACUGGCUACUACGGAUUCCCGUUUUGCAAGUUAUGCAACUGUGGGCAGCGUCUUUGUGAUGACAUGACUGGUAAAUGCAUUUGCCCUCCACGAACUGUGAAGCCAAAAUGUGAAGUGUGUGAAAAAUAUUACUUCAGCUAUCAUCCCCUUGCUGGCUGCAAGAGCUGCAACUGCUCAGAAAAAGGAAUUGUUGAUGUGGCAAGCCCAGAAUGUGAUAAAACCACUGGGCAAUGCAAAUGCAAACCAGGAAUAAAAGGACGUCGUUGUGAUCAGUGUGCUCCUGGAACUUAUGGUUUCCCUAACUGUGUGCCAUGUAGCUGUAACAGAGAUGGAACAGAGGCAGAUGUCUGCGAUCCCCAGACAGGAAUUUGUCUUUGCAAGGAAAAUGUUGAAGGUGCAGCAUGUGACACUUGCAGACCAGGAUCCUUUUAUCUGAACCCUUCUAACCCCAGGGGCUGCACACCUUGCUUUUGUUUUGGGGCAACCAGCAACUGUCGUAGCACGGAUCGUCGCAGAACCAAGUUUGUGGAUAUGAGGAACUGGCGCUUGGAGGCAGUAGAUGAAAAUAUGGAUAUUCCAGUCACUUUCAAUCCAGUCAGUAACAGCGUAGUGGCUGAUGUUCAAGAAUUGCCAGCUUCUGUGCAUAAUUUGUACUGGAAAGCACCACCAUCCUACCUGGGAGAGCGGCUUUCUUCAUAUGGUGGCUUCCUAAGUUACCAAGUGAAAUCUUUUGGCUUACCUAGUGAGGGCAUGGUUCUUCUGGAUAAGAAACCUGAUAUACGACUAACAGGCCAGCAAAUGGAAGUUGUUUAUAUGGAUCCCAACAACCCUCUGCCUGAUCGUCAAUAUUAUGGCCGAGUGCGGCUGGCUGAGGGCAGCUUCAGACACGCCAGCAGCGGUAAACUGGUAUCCCGAGAAGAACUGAUGGUAAUCCUGUCCAGGCUGGAUGGCUUGCACAUCCGAGCCCUUUACUUCACGGAGAGCCAGCGCCUGACGCUUGGGGAGGUCGGGCUGGAGGAAGCCACCAGCGAGGGCAGCGGCAGCAUCGCGCACAGCGUGGAGAUGUGCGCCUGCCCGCCGCAGUACGCUGGGGACUCGUGCCAGGAAUGUGGCAUUGGAUUCUAUCGUGAGAAUAAAGGCUUAUUUGCUGGACGCUGUGUGCCCUGCAACUGCAAUGGAAAUUCAAAUAGAUGUCAAGAUGGUACUGGAAAAUGUAUGGACUGUCAGUAUAAUACUGCUGGGGAGAAAUGUGAGCACUGUAAAGAUGGUUAUUUUGGAGAUGCCACUCAAGGUUCCUGCCGGGAAUGCCCUUGCCCAUAUACAAACAGAUUUGCAGCUGGCUGCAUAGCAAAUGGUGAAGAAAUUCAGUGUCUCUGCAAAGAAGGCUACACCGGAGCUCGUUGUGAGCACUGUGCUCCUGGAUAUUUUGGAAAUCCACAAAAAUAUGGAGGCUUCUGUCAGAAAUGUAACUGUAAUAAUAAUGGACAGCUGGCUAGCUGUGACCACCUGACUGGAGAAUGUUUCAAUAAUGAACCAAAAGAUGUGGAUCCCAAUGAAGAUUGUGACGCCUGCGAUAGCUGUGUGAUUACACUGCUGAACGAUUUGAGCACAAUAGGUGACGAGCUUCAGCUCAUCAAGUCUCAGCUGCAAAAUGUCCAUGCAAGUACCCACACUCUGGAGCAGAUGAGAGACCUGGAAACACGCAUCAAGGACUUAAAGGUCUUACUGAACAACUACCGUUCUGUUGUUCAUAAUCAAGGUUCAAAGGUAGAUGAGUUGGAGACAGAAUUCAUUAAACUAGAUCGUGAUUUAAAUGCUCUCCAGGAAAAGGCUGAAAUGAACUACAAAGAAGCUGAGAGAUUAUUUAACAAUUUUGGCCAAACGCAUCAAAAAGGAAAGGAUGUGGUUUCACAAAUACAAAUAAUGGUCAACAAUAUACAAGCGCUCUUGGAGCAGAUAUCUGGUACAAACACAGAAGGCAACAACCUGCCCCUGGGAGAUGCCUCGGAAGAGCUGGCCGAAGCUCAGCGCAUGAUGGCGGAGAUGCGGAGCCGCAACUUUGGCCAGCUUCAAGCUGAGGCAGAGAAGGAGCGGAUGGAAGCUCAGCAGUUACUGGCACGUGUUAAGAACGAACUACAAAAGCACCACCAACAAAAUCGUGGUCUUAUUAAAGCUGUGAGGGAUGCACUGAAUGAAUAUGAAUCCAAAAUCACUGACCUUCGUGCAGCUCUGAAUGAUGCAACAGGACAAAUCAAACAGGCUGAAGGCUUAAACAGAGACAACUCAGUUCUGUUAGAAGACAUAAAGAAACGGAUUGAGGAGACAAAUAUGCAACAGAAUGGUGUCUUGAGUAUUCUGAGCUCAGCCCAGUCUUCCCUGACACAAGCUAAGAGUGCACUUGGAUUAUUGCAAGAGAGAAAAGAGGAAUAUGAAAGUUUGGCUGCUCAGCUGGAUGGAGCGAGGAAGGAGAUGAAUGAAAAAGUGGCAAAUCUCUCAUCAGCAAGCAAAGAACCACUGGUGGUGAGAGCUGAGGAACAUGCCAAAUCUUUGCAAGAUUUGGCAAAACAACUGGAAGAGAUCAAGAACAGUGCCAGGAAGGACAAGUUGGUAGACUGUGCUGUGGAAGCUUCUACUGCCUAUGACAAUAUUAUUGGUGCCAUAAAGGCAGCAGAGGAGGCAGCCAGCCAAGCUGGGAAAGCAGCUGACUCAGCUUUAUCAACUGUGAAGAGAGAAGACUUAUCAGGAAAAGCUGCAAAGUUAAAAACUGAGAGCAGUACACUCAUGGAUCAAGCACAGGACACUAAAAGGAAAUUGCAAGCUAUUGGUCCAAACCUCGAAGACCUGAAGCAAAGACUUGAUGUUGCUGAUGGAAAGACGAAUACACUGAAAAUUGAUCUUGUCACUGCUCAAAACAAUCUCAAUGGGAUAAACCGAGGUGACAUCGACAGCAUCAUCACCAGUGCAAGGAACAUGGCAGAAAAUGCCAACUCUGUCACCGACAGUGUGUUGGGUGAACUGGUCCCAAUUGAAGCAGAAGUGGAAAGAAUUAAGAGUAACUAUGGAAGCACACAGAGUGCCAGCUUUAAUAAAGCACUCAUGGAGGCAAACAAUUCAGUAAAAAAAUUGACAAACCAACUUCCAGAUCUGUUCAGCAAGAUCAAGAGUAUCAACCAACAGCUGAUGCCAAUAAGCAAUAUCUCUGAGAAUUUAAAUCGCAUAAGAGAGCUGAUUCAGCAGGCAAGAGAUGCUGCAAAUAAGGUUACUAUUCCUAUGAGGUUCAAUGGCAGCUCUGGUGUAGAAGUUCGACCUCCCAGCAACCUUGAAGAUCUGAAGGGCUAUACUUCACUUUCCUUAUUUAUCCAAAGACCUCAGCAAGACUCGGACACCUCCCAGAGGACAAAUAGGUUUGUCCUGUACCUGGGUAAUAAAGAUGCUUCCAAGGGCUACAUUGGUAUGGCUGUGAAAGAUGGUUACCUUACUUGUGUCUAUAACCUGGGAGGUGGUGAUGGAGAAGUGAGCGUAUCGGCUUUGGUGACCCAAAGCAAAACUGAGGAAGCUGUUAUGGACCAAGUAACAUUUGAAAGGAUUUACCAGUAUGCAAAGCUGAUAUACAUCAAAGCAGCAACAUCAGCUUCUCCACGUAUGGAAAACUCUAGCAGUGAAAUCAGUGACAUUGACAUGCUCCUCAAUCUUGAUCCCAGCAGUGUUGUCUUUUAUGUUGGAGGAUACCCACCAGAUUUUACGCCUCCACGUAAUCUCAAUUAUCCCCGUUAUGAAGGCUGCAUUGAAUUAAACAGCCUAAAUGAGCGUAUUAUCAGCCUUUACAACUUCAAGAGGACUUUUAAUCUCAACACCACUGAAGUGAAACCCUGCAGAAGGUAUAAAGAGGAGACUGACCAAAGCUAUUUUGAGGGCACUGGUUACGCCAGUGUCACAACAAGAGAAGGAAGUGCUGACCGAGUACGGUACGAGCAGGCAGUGAAGACAACUGCAGAUGAAGGCAUUGUGUUUUUUGCAGCAAAUGGGGAUCAGUUCAUCAGUGUGCUCAUUAAAAAUGGUCAUACAGUUUUUAGAUACAAACUUGACUCUGAAACUCCAGAAGAAGUAGAAGGCAAAAACACUGUAAAUGAUGGAACAUAUCAACAAAUUAAUUUGGUGCUUGACCGAAGAAAGAAAGUUGUGUUUGUCAGUCCUGAUAUUAAAGCUUAUAAACAUGUCUUCAAUUUCACUGAGUACUAUCUAGGUGGAGUUCCAUCUUUUCUACGGGAACGCUUCAAUAUAUCCACGCCUCCAUUCUGGGGCUGCAUGAAGAACGUGAAAAACCCAGCCAGAGCAUCUGUUGUUUUUGAUAAGACUUUCGGUGUCAGCAAGAAGUGUUCAGAAGACUGGAAGCUUGUCAGAUCUGCAGCUUUCUCCAAGGAUGGAACACUAAGCCUGAGUGCAGAAAAUUUCUUAUUUCCUAAGGAUUUCCAAGUUGGCUUUGGCUUUCAGACCACAGCUUCGACUGGAACACUCUUAAAUUACAAUCUGCAGCCUGAUGUUCUUUCCAUCUUUCUGAGUCCUGGCUCUGUAACUGCAAAGAUACAAGAUAAGGAAAUUAAACUGGAAAAGAAAUAUGAAGAUGGUUCAAUGCAUUAUGUGACAGUAAUAAAAACAGGCAACAGAGUACAUCUGAUGGUUGAUGAUGAGUCAAAAGAAGCUGACUCUCCCAGGUCAUCAAACUCACAGGAAUCAAACACAGCUAUAAAAUUUGGUGGAGAUGAUUUUGAAGGUUGUGUCUCAAACAUCUUUAUUAAAAGGGUAGGUCAGAUCCCUGAGGUUCAAAAUCUUGUUCGUAAUACUGGCAAGACUGGUGUAUCCCUUGGAGCUUGCCAGGAAUAUGAAAACCUUGAACCAAUGCUGCUGCAGGAAUUUAAAAAUCCUCUCAGGCUUAAGAUGCUCAAGAAUGAAAAAUACCAUGACUAUUUGAGAGCUGCUAACCUGCAAAACCACACUAUACCAGCUCUGCUGCAUGACAGCAGUGAAGCGCAUCUCUUUGGAAGCAUCCCUAACAGUUUCAUAUCCUACAUGUUUUCUCCAUUGUUAUCUACAGACAGGUUACAUUUUUCUGUAGAUGUACGGACUCAGUCAUCAAGAGGAUUAAUAGUUUUCAUGGAGGAAAGCUCUGAGGACUCUUAUAUGGCUCUCCACAUUUCAAAAGGACAUUUUGUCUUUUCACUUGGCUCUGGAGGAAAACAAAUCAAAGUCAAAACCAGUAUUAAAUACAAUGAUGGGCAAUGGCACUCUGUGGUCUUCAGCACAGAUGGGAAGAAUGCCCGCCUUGUUGUUGAUGGUCUAAGGGCCCAGCACAGAAAACUGGCAACAAAUUCUGCCAUCAGCAUUAAGCCACCAGUCUACCUGGGAGGGCUGCCACCACUGAAGAAACAGAAUAUACCAAUGAAGAAUUUCAAGGGUUGCCUGAGGAAUUUUAAGGUGAAUGGAAAAGUCAUGAAUGCACCUCAACAAAAAUAUGGCGUACUUCCAUGUCUGGAUGUUCCCAUGGACACAGGGAUUUACUUCUUUAAUGAAGGAGGAUAUCUCACCAUUGGUAAUUUGCUGAUGGGAUUGGAUUUCAGGAUUGUAUUUACCAUUCGACCGAGGAGUUCAACAGGUGUACUUCUCCAUGCUGGAAGCCGGCAAGACAACUACUUGACUGUUUACAUGAAGGGAGGAAAGGUCAUUGCUGCUGGAAAUAGUGGUGCUGGAGAAUUCCAAGCAUCAGUCACACCAAAGAAACCUCUGUCUGAUGGACAGUGGCAUACCAUUGCAGUCUCCCAGAAGGAGAACACAGUGCAUCUAAAGGUGGGCACACAGAGUAACUAUACCACUGACCUUCAACCCUCACCUCCAAGACGUGUGUAUCAGCCACUCUACUUCGGCAAAAUUCCAGCAAAUUUGGACACCCCAUGGCUUCCAGUUGAAGACCCAUUUUUUGGCUGUCUUUGGAAUAUUACCAUCAAUGACAAAUAUGUCUCCACCAGGAGAAUUUCAGACGUUCAUGGUGUAGUGAAUUUGCACGGAUGCCCAGAGAAGUGA